AUGCAGGUGUUCACUACCAAGAUGGAGUCGAGAAGAAGUGUCAUUCUUCCCGACAUGUUCAAAGGCUUCGUGGUCGAGACUCCGCCUAUGAAUCCCAACUAUGAAACAGUCAAGCCCAUCUCCGAGAGGUGGCUUGCAGAGAAGUGUUCCUUUUCACCUCGAAUGAAAAAGAGGGUUGAGUUCUGCGACUUUGCCGUAUUCAUUUCUAUCGCGGCUCCUGAUGCUCCAUUCGACAAGCUCAAGACGAUGUGCGAUUGGGGGAACUGGGUCUUUCCUUUCGAUGAUAUGUUUGAUGAAGGAUCAUUGAAAUCCGAUCCGAAACGGUCGCAAGUCGUUAUUGAUAGUCUCAUGGCAGAUAUGUUGGAAAAGACUUAUACUAGGACAAAGAGCGCUGUAGUCCAGGCUCAUGACGACAUUUUUCGAAGGGUGUCACAGGUAACUUCAGGUGCCCGGAGAAGAUUUGCUCUUGCAAUGAAGCAGUACACAGACGGAGUAGUCCAUCAUGUGAAACAGUUUUCUACAAAUAGCAUUCCUAGUAUCCAGGAGAUGCUUGAUACAAGGCGGCUUUCAUCGGGAGUGACGCCUUUGUAUCAUCUGAUCGAGUAUGCCCAUGAUAUCAAGUUGCCAGAUGAAGUAUUCGAAAACCCCAUUAUCCAGAGGUUAGAGCUUCUGGGUGCGGACUUUGUCUUGCUGUCCAAUGACAUCUUAUCCUACCGGAAGGAAGAGAAUGACGACUGCCCUUUCAGCAUGGUUGCAGCUUGUCGAAUGACUGGCCAAUCUCCACAAGAGGCAUUCGAUACUGUCGGGAACCUUCUUGAGGAAAGAUACCAAUAUUGGCAGAAGGCAAUUGAGCAACUGCCAAGUUGGGGACCCGAGAUCGACGCGAAUGUCGCUCGCUAUAUCCAAGGCAUUCAAAAUGUCGUGCAAGCCAACAUCACGUGGAGGUACGAGAUUGCUGCCGAAAGUGAAACCAGAUCAAAUGCUCACAUGCGACAGCUUCCGAUCGGGGAGAUAUUUUGGGAAACAAGCUCCCGAGAUCCGACGGACACGAAUGAUUGA